GGGAGUGUUUGUGGAUGAGUGGUGCGAGUGGAGGCGGCGGCGCACCUGGGGAUUUACUAGAACAAGUAACACUACUGUUGCAUUUUAAACUCAAGUUUUCCCAACGACGGACAUGCAUUGAGUUAACUGCAGGAGAGGAAAAAGGACAGAAAAUGUACACGAGCGAGCGCAGGCGAAUGAGCCUGCACGAGCUGAAGAGGAAGGAUCCGGUUUGGGUGUCUGCUGGAAGUUUGUGGCAGGACUCUCUGGCGUUAGAGCUGAGCACCAGCUGCGGCUCGGGUAAACAAAUCAUUUCCCCACGAAGUCGGACCAGAGCGGUAUCCGUGGCUUAUAUUGUAAACGAAGACGCGUCACUGCCGCAGACUGAGGAGAACUUGUCCCUGAAAUGCCUGAAAGAAGCUUGCGCGGACGCGCAUGCCGUUUUAAAAACUAUUUCGGCAGAGAGAAUAUCGCUAGGAACCACAGAUGUCCUGGAUGGUUUCUACAACGCAGAUGUUGCUGUGGUGGCGAUGAGUGACACUUUCUGUCCGCCGUCCCUCUUCUACCACCUUGGAGUGAGAGAGAGUUUCAGUAUGACUAAUAACAUCAUUCUGUAUUGCCACAAACAGGACAGUGACCUACUUGCUUUCAAGGAGCAGUGUGGGAGUUACACAUUUAUUCCUUACGUGGUAUCGCCUCAGGGCAAAGUGUUUGCCUGUGAUGCCAAAAUGGUGACGUGCAUCAAAGAAUUGAUGCAGCCUAGUUUUCAGCUGGAGCCGCUUCUCACCCCACUGGUGGACCACCUGGUGCAUCUGCUUAACAAUGUGCACAUUCAGUCCAGUGAGUAUUUCCGGGAGUCAAUCAGGCAUGAGAUUCGUAUGGCACGGGAGCGCUUCAGCGGACAAGCCCUGAGUGAGGAGUUGAACCACAUCCAGAAACGCUUGGACAGUGUAGAUCUGCUCACCCCUGACAUAGUCAUGAACCUGCUACUGUCCUACAGGGAUGUUCAGGAUUACGAUGCCAUGAUCAAACUUGUUGAGACUCUGAACAACCUACCAAUGUGUUUGGUAGCAAGACAUCAGAAUAUCAAGUUUCACUAUAUAUUUGCUCUGAACAGAAGAAAUAAACCUGGAGAUCGUGCCAAGGCUUUGGAAGCAAUUCUCCCAAUUGUGGAGUCAGGAGACAAGGUGGCAUCAGAUGUGUUCUGCUUGUGUGGACGGAUAUACAAAGACAUGUUCAUGAGCUCAGGAUUUACUGACCACCGCAGCAGAGACCAGGCCUGUUAUUGGUAUGGAAAAGCCUUUGAGAUGGAACCGACUCUUCACUCGGGUAUAAACAGUGUGGUCAUGCUGAUGGCAACUGGACAUAAGUUUGAGACUUCUAUUGAGCUGCGAAAAAUAGAUGUGACCUUAAAUGCACUUCUUGGUAGAAAGGGUAGUUUGGAGAAGAUGAAGGACUACUGGGAUGUAGGUUUCUAUCUUGGAGCAAACAUCCUCGCUAAUGAGAACAGAAAAGUCACUGAAGCCUCUGAGAAGCUCUACAGACUCAAAGCCCCAAUUUGGUUUGUAGCAUCCAUUAUGGAAACGUACAUCUUGUACCGUCAAUUUGUGAAACUGCCUGAGGUGAUAUCUCCAAAACAUGAAACGGUGAACUUCUGGAUGGAGCUUCUUUUGCAGGCCUGCAAACCCACCAUCUCCACAGACCACUGCCCAGUGCUCAUUCUUGAGCUCAGUAAUGUCUUCCAACCAGCUGUUGUUAGUGUGAGUGAAGAGGAUGAAAGUCGUACUGUUCAGUUGAGACAUGUCACACCUUUAAAGAAAGGCUUAAACAAGUGGACUUUUCCAGCAUCUGCAAUUCGGUGUGUGAGUGCUUCAAAGUUUGACGAGCGGAGCUGCUUCCUGUAUGUCCACUACAACUCGGACGACUUCCAGCUUUACUUCCCCUCUGAGAGCCACUGUAAGGGAUUCUGCGAACUGGUGAACUCUCUGCUCCAGCAGGCUGAAGGCCCGACUCAGGACCCAGAACAUCUAAAUGAGGGAAUACUAGAGUACAUUUAUGAGACCAAUGAGAAUGGCGGCAAGGUGGUUCUUGGGAAAGGGACGUAUGGUGUCGUUUAUGCUGGAAGAGACCUCAGCAAUCAAGUUCGGAUUGCUAUCAAAGAGAUCCCUGAGAAGGACAGCACGUACUCCCAGCCACUUCAUGAGGAAAUAGCUCUUCACAAGAGGCUUAAACACCGGAACAUUGUUCAGUAUCUGGGCUCCAUCAGUCAGGAUGGCUUCAUCAAAAUUUUCAUGGAAGAAGUGCCAGGAGGAAGUUUGUCAUCACUGCUGCGCUCCAAAUGGGGUCCUCUGAAAGACAAUGAAGCCACAAUCACUUUCUACACCAAACAGAUCCUCGAAGGGCUGAAAUACCUUCAUGAUAACCAGAUAGUUCACAGAGACAUUAAGGGUGACAAUGUGCUGAUCAACACCUACAGCGGAGUGUUGAAGAUCUCUGACUUUGGAACAUCUAAGCGGUUAGCUGGGAUUAAUCCCUGUACUGAGACAUUUACUGGAACUCUUCAGUACAUGGCUCCAGAGAUUAUAGACCAAGGACCUCGAGGUUAUGGGAAGCCGGCAGAUAUCUGGUCCCUGGGGUGCACUAUCAUAGAAAUGGCAACAGGCAAAACACCAUUUCAUGAGCUGGGAAGUCCUCAGGCUGCCAUGUUCAAGGUGGGCAUGUUUAAGAUCCAUCCCAAGGUUCCAGAGUGCAUGUCUGAUGAAGCCAAGGGCUUUAUCAUGAAAUGUUUCGUUCCAAACCCAGAUGACAGAGCCACAGCUGCAAAGCUACUGAUGGACACCUUCCUCGUGUCUUCCACCAGAAAGAAAGCUAAAGCCCCGCGAGAGUCAAAACCUAAAGAUGCAGCAAAUUCUGCUGACUAUCAGCGCAGCUUGUCUGUGCCUAUUUCCAUCCUUGUGGAGGACACCAGUUUAUACUCAAACUCAAUUGACCUGUCUUAUUCUCUGGACCUGAGAAGUCGCCAGUCUGCAGUGAGGGCAGAUGAAAUCUCUGAGAACCCACCCACCACCAGCAGCUUUCUAUUAAUACCAGAUGACUCCACAUCAGACAUGAGCAGUCCAGCCUCAACAGAUGAGAAUAUGGGUCUUUUUAUGCUGCGAAAGGAUAGUGAGAGGAGGGCGACACUGCACCGAGUUCUCACUGACUACAUCAGUCACGUUGUUUCCAAUCUACAGGCUUCUUUGCCUCAGUACGAUGAGGGGUCAUUGCUCACUACAGAGCACAUCAUCACACUCGUUACCUGCUUGAGAGACCAUAUCCACUCUCCAGACAGAAAACAGCUGACCAACAGCCUGCUGGAGCUUCGUUCGGCCCUUUUUGCAUCCAGAAUACCUCUGAGCAGCCUGCACACUGUGCUCUUUAAUUUUCAGGAUGCUGUGAAUAAGGUGCUGAGACAACAACAGGUGAAACCACACUGGAUGUUUGCUCUGGAUAACCUACUAAGACAUGCUGUACAGGAGGCCAUAACUGUCCUUCUACCAGAACUGAAACUCCAGCUGCAGUCCUCAUUUGAGAUUGAGGACAGCACCCCAGAGGAGCAGCCUGCUGAUCCAGACACUCCUGUAGUUCUUGUCCCUGGCCAGCCGGAGGCGCCAGCAGACUCAUUUAUGAAUGGGAUUGCACCUACAGUCAGCCCUGAAUCUUCAGCUGACAUCAUCCCUAACAGCAGCUGUUCCCUCAGUGAGAAGCUGAGAGACCUGCAAAUAGAAACCAGGAGACUGCUGAGUCAGCUGAGAGAGAAGGAGCAAGAGUACCAGGAGCUGUUGAAGAACUCUGUCCAGAGAAAACAGGAACAGAUAGAUGCAAUGAGCAAAACAACUGCUGUUGAAGAUGGCAAGUUGGCCUCAAAGAAAAACUCUAACCCAGAGACGAGAGCUUUGGUUCGCUGGCUGAAGUCUGUCCCUGUGGAUCAAGACACUAUAGAUAAGUUGCUCUUUCAUGAGUUCACCUUGGACUGCCUCUUCUCCAUGGCCUCCAGGGACGACUUGAUGUACUGUGGAUUAAGAGGUGGCAUGCUGUGUCGAGUCUGGUCAGCCAUUACAGCUCGCAGGAAGACUCAGCUCACGACGCACAGUGAGGACUGUGAGGACACUCAUCUUUAGCGAAUGCUGAUGUUGUGCAUGAAAGGGCAUUAUUAUUGACAGGCUGGUCCUGUGUGAUUUGGAGGAACAGAAGAUCUGAUGUAAAACAAGUUUUUGUUACUUUUAACUGUGAAUACUUUCUCAUUUUUAAAAAAUACUGACAACUUGUAGUUUAUGCGCCUGUAAAGUAAAAUUCAAUAAUCUGUACUCAUAAGUCAAGUCUUACUUAAUAAGUCAUACAAGCAGUUUUAUUUUAAGUUUUUUCUCAGGGCUUUGGCAAGUGGGAAUAAUUUUGGCUUUAAAAAGUUGCCUAGCAGAGUAUUUAUUAGUUAAAUAAAAAAAAAUCUAAUGCAUUUUAAUAUGUCUUCCAGUGAUGACAUUUACUGGUCUUUACAGAAAGUUUUUUAUGGAUGUUUUAAGAUAAAUACCUCUGUAUUCUAAGAAAAAAUGUUUUGUUUUGUUUUUUUUUUUUUACUAUACAUCAUGUCAAAAUUCAUUUAAAUAAUAAAGGAAAACAUUUUA